AUGGGGAGAAAACAAAAACGAGGGCGAUGUUUAUUAUACACAGUUUUCAGUUGUGCUGUUAGUGCACUAACUUUAGGAGCCAAGCUCUGGCCCGGGGCCUGGCUGCUCUUGUGGCACGGGCCGGGGGCAGCCGAGCCCGGGCUCCAAGCGGGCUCGCGGGCUGGCGCGGCGGGAAACGCGGUUCCGCGGAGCUGCGGCGCCGAGGCCAAGUCCCACGCGGACAGCGGCGCGGCCUACGACCGCGUGCGGACCUACGGGCCGGGCUGCCGCCGCGUGAGCACCUCGUGCUCGUCCCGCGCCGCCUCGCCGCUCGACAGCGCCGGCGGCCACCAGCAGCCGCUGCCCGGCUGCGAGCCGCCGCAGGGCACAAUUCGGAGGAUUAUUAUAGAGAAUCCUGACCAGGAGCCGUUAUCCCCAUUUUUUAGAGGGGGGAACUUCUAUCCUGGAAAUAAUGUCAUCUAUGAAAAGACAAUAAGAAAAUACGAGCUAUUAAAUCCCCACCAAGAGAAGCAAUAUCAGUUCUCGCAGCAGUAUCACAUUCCGCAGCAGUCGGAUCAGUGCCAGGUCGUCCAGCAGCCCGAGCAGCCCGCGGUGGCUCUCCAGAGCCAGCAAACGCAGACGGGCAGCCCCUGCGACGUGCUGCCCGCGUGCGGGAGCGAGGAGUGCCGCGGAGGCGCCGUGCGGAGGGUGACGCUGCAGACCUGCGAAGCGGUGAGCUGCCCGCAGGAACGCGCCGACCAGCUCGACUGCCGCUACUUCGGGGAGCUGCUCGCCGAGCUCAACCGCAAGACCAACGACCUGCACAGCUGCUUGCUGCGCCACGUGGAGAAGAUAGGAGGCAGGAACCAUGACAUUGAAUUUACCAGUCAGACUGAAGAUGUUGAAGAUCUAAUUCCCAAGGCCCUGUCUGAGGCAACAAAACAGCAGAUUCGUUACCUCCUGCAGAUGAGAGUGACAUCAGAUAAAUCGCUGAGACUUGUGCUUUCUACUUUCAAAAACUUACGUGAAGAGCUCUGCCACUUACAGGACGACUUGGGGAAAUUAGAAACUGACAAUGKCUGCCUUAAGAAGGACUUGUCUUUUAAAGACUCUCAAGUUAAAGAGUAUGAAGCUAUGUUGGCUUCCUUGAGAGAAAACAACCGCCAGCAGCAGCAAGGGCUGCGCGAGAGCGCCGCGAAGUGCCGCUCGCUGGAGGAGCAGCUCCUCUCCCUCCGCCUCACCGAGGGCGACAGGGAGUGUCAGCUCAAAGAACUCGAGUACGGCAAGCGCGCGCUGGAGCAGGAGGUCCAGAACCUGCGGCUGCAGCUCUGCUCCAAUCCAACACUUCAGACCACCACGGAUGAGCUCUCCAGCCGUUACGUAGAGAUGAUCAACAACUUGAGAGAGGAUAAAGAUCGCGAGAUCCGCAGUCUUAGGUCUCAGUUGUCACAAUUCCAGCAAGACAUAUCAAGGAGAGAAGGCAGUAACAGUGACUUGCAAAUAAGGCUGCAUGAACUGACCUCAAUGCUGGAGGAGAAAGAUGCUUUUAUUAAGCAACAGCAAGAGGAGCUCUUCAGACUGAAGCAAGAGAAGUUAUCAUGCAGUCAGUCUCCUGGUGUAACAGCCAUCAUCACCAAGAAGUACAGGAAUCAGUAUCCAAUUCUAGGUCUCUUGUCUGAUGACUACAAGGUUACAUCACCGGUCAAUAAAUCACAAACUAUUGUAAUUGAGAGGACGGGAGAAAUAUGGAAACAUGAUUGAAAGAAGUUCCUUAGCCAGAGUUGCCUGAAGGWGUUCACACCGAUGACUGAAACUGCUUUCUCCUUUCUGCUCUUUUGCAUCAGUAAAAGAUUCAGUCUGAUACUGAAAGUGAGGAAYGCAAUAAGGACAUGGGAACAGGAAAGACAACUAUGGAAAAUGCUGUCCUGCCCUCCUCAUAACGAACCAAGUUCCCUGUGUUCUUCGUAAUGUGCUGAUACCAUCACCACUGUGUUGUAUUUUCCAUGCACUUUUCUCUCAGCAGAGAACAAUAUUAACAAUAUUACCCUGCUUCCCUAGACUUGGGUUUCUCCUGACAGUCACUACCUGACUAACAACUUCUGUCAGUCUUGCAGCAUUCUGAGAGAGGAAAGAGAAAAUAACCCACAACCUCUUCUGGGGGCCUCCUGGUUUGUUCUUCUGUCCUGUCUACGCAUGCAGAGUAGGUGAGAAUGACUGAUGCACAGCUGGGGCACGCACAUACUGAGGCCUUUCAGGACAAACAGCUUCACAAAGGUUGUCUUUUUAUCUACUGCCUCUUCAAGAUGAAGGGGGAGCUUUAACACUGAAGGGCACCCCACUGAAAACACUUGGUGGAGAUUUGCCUACAAAAAGCUAAAACACUACAGAAAAUUACUUAACUUGCUCCAUCUCUGCAACAACUUGUUCACCUCAAACUUAUUCAAUUAACAAAUACCAAAUUUAUCUCUAGUUCUAUAAAAUGAAUGGGCCAACUUUAAGGAAUGUGCCAAGAGUUGGCAGGUUUUCAGCUAGAAGCUCUUAGAAAUGCCCAAACUAGCCCUACCUAUUGAUUUUUACACUGGCUGUGAUUGAGGCUUCCAAGAACACGGGGAAAACAUCUUAGUACCAAAAUAGCUCUUGGACUAAAUGUUCCCAUCAGAGCUACCUUCCCUUCACACCAUUCACUCCAGGCAGGACUACCGAAGUGGUUUUGAAUGAUUUGUUGUCCAUAAUGAAGUAGUAAAUAAUAACUAACAACACCGGCUGUUGGGGGAGAAGGGGAAAUACCAAGAAAAGGCUCCUAGGGGAAUCGGAACCCACUCUGCACUGAAGGGCACCCAGGGGUCUCGCUUUGCUUUAUUCCUGCAGGUUUUUGUAUUUCUGCUCCUAGUGAAUGUAUCUCUAUAGACAAUGUUAAUGGGGAAAGAGCCCUGGGGGCUACGUGUCACUCUGAAAUAAACACUGCGUGCAA